AUUUUAUUGUGCUGCAGUAGGAACCUUUAGAAUGGUACAUGUGUUGCCGGCGGAGCUCCUUGUAUGGUGCACACAUAUGGGAUUUUCAUACAUGCAUAGCUAAAUACUCUAAAUAUAUUUGAAAAUCCAACGCUUCGAGCAGAAGAAAGAACAGAGCGAUUUAUUUGUGUUAUCAGAAGAUUCAAGCCUCAGCUAUGGCAGAGGAAUCAACUGGAACAGAAACAACCAGAAUACUGGAAAACGAGAAAAACACGGAUGGCCAGAGCGGCGAGGACCCCAAAACAACAGCCCAAAAAGCUGACACUCCUACCAAUGCUAAAAAACACAAGAAGAAGAAAAGGAAAACAGGUGAUGGAAAAGAUAAUCAACAGAAAGGGGUAAAAAGCAACGAGGAAACACCCAAACAAGAGACCACAGAACUGACUCCUGAUGAGCAGCUGAGUCGAGAGUUGGAUUGGUGCAUCGAACAGCUCGAGCUCGGCCUGAGAACGCAAAAAACCUCCAGCAAACAACGGGAAGAAGCGAGCCGCGCUCUGAAGACGUUACACAGCUCCAAAGCUCCCCUGGUGAAGAAGAGGCAGGUAAUGCGAGCGGUCUCUGGAGACUACAGGAAGAAGAUAGAAGAGGAAAGAGCCAGACAGUUCAAACUCAUACAGUCAGCAGUGACCUCCGCCCGGGUCACCAGUGUCUCUGAGAGCAAACCAGUGUUUCACCGGCGAGCACACCCCACAAACAAAACAGACAAAUCUCAAGAGACGCACGCACUGCAAGGACCCCAGGAGACAAAUGAACACACAAAGACUGAUGGAGACACAAAACCUUUUGUUUUCACUAAAACACAUGAAGAGUUUUGCUUUAACUUCAGCUUAUGAUUCGACACUGUAACAUCAACCAACAGGAUUGGUGCCUUAAGUAGAUGCAGAGUCAGAUAUUUUCUAUUGCAUAAUUUUGCGAUAUGUUCUCUAUGCAUUUUAUUAAGCAUGCAUUAUUGCUAGAUUUCGCUUUGUUGUAAUGUUCAAAAUGUUCAUAGAAUACACUAGAGUAAAAAAUCCAAAUAAAUUAAUUAU